AUGUACUUGUUUGGCGGCUACUCGGGCUUCACUUGGCUUAACGACUUCCACAGCUUCAAUUUCGAUAGCAGCACGUGGCAAGCUGUGCCGUCUGGGCACAAGGGCAGCGUGCCUUCGACCCGCUUUGGCUACGUCUCGGCAGUGCAUGGUGAUUUCAUGUACGUCUUUGGAGGCUACGACGGCUCUGCUUGGUUGAACGACAUGUUCGACUUUGACUUCGAGCGUGGCGCGUGGUACUCCACCCAAGUGCAGGGUUUCAUCCCAUCGGGCAGGAGCUGUCCAUCCUGGGCCACUCACAAUGGUUCCGUCUACCUUUUUGGUGGCUAUGAUGGUGUGCAUCGCAUGAACGACUUCCACCAAUUCAGGAUGGCUUCGAGGACCUGGUCUUCAGUGAGAUCAGCUGGCCAGGUUCCGUCUCCACGUUACUUCCAUGCCAGCGUAGUCUAUGGCAAUUCGCUUUUUCUGUUCGGAGGAUACAGCGGACAGGAGAGGCUGAAUGACCUCUACGAGUUUCGAUUCGAUUGCCAUACAUGGUUUGUGCUAAGCACAGAGGACCCACCAAGCGGCAGAUCGUCUUUAGUUGCUGAGGUCUUCAACAACUCGCUAUAUGUCUUUGGUGGCUACAACGGAAGCAUAGUCUUAAACGACUUCUACGAGUUCCGCUUCGAGCCGGUGAGUGUUCCGCCAAGCAACCUGGUGGACGACCUCCGCAAAUUGAUCAACAAUCCGUCGUUCGCGGACGUCACAUUCGUCGUAGAGAAUCAAGCAGUUUACGCCACGCGUGCGCACCUGGCAGCGCGCUCGGAGCACUUCCGGGCGCUCUUCUAUGGUGGCAUGCGCGAGUCGUCUGAUGCCGGAGAACAAAUCGUGCUCCAAGACUUGGCGCACCCCGUGUUUCUUUUGCUGUUGGAGUACAUCUACACUGACCAGGUUGGAGACAUUUCCUCCGACCUGGCAGUUCAUUUACUCAUUGCUGCUGAACGCUUCCUGUUGGAUCGUCUCAAGGGCUUGGUCAAGACCACGGCUUUGGACAUUGUCGUUGCAUUGUUGUUGCAGACGGAACGUCCUGAGCUGGUUUUCAGGAACAAUGCCAAUGCCUUCUUGAUGCAAGAGGGCCUGGAGCCAGGGUGUUGGGAGCUACAUUGCACAGAGAUGCCAGCAGGAGAACCAUAUGCAUUUCUGGCUGAGUGGGUGGAGGAGUUUCGACAUUGUGGCCGGUCCUCUAGCUUUGGUACUCCUCAUCCUGAUGCAAUAGAGGUUGGGUUGGUUGCCAAAGACCUUCCCUGCCUAGAUGCUGAUGAGAAGAUGUCCGCCACGGAGAACGAGACAGCCCGUUCCGCCGGCUAUUCUCAAUCAGAGUGCACUGAUGCCCAAACUGAUCAGGAGACUUUUGACCUUGGCCUCAACGAAUUCCACCUGGAGGCAGCAGACAACGACUGCUACGCAGUCACCGAUGGCAGCGGCGUCCGACUGAGUCUUCUUGUUGCUCCGCGUGUGAACAUCAUCGGUGCACAGGUGACCUCUGUGGAUGGUGGUUGGGGUCCACUGAGCUUGCGCAAGGUGCAACAGGCGGUUUCACCGAGAACCCUACAAUGUGAAGAAGUUGUAGAAGCUGGCCCAGUACCUGGCAAAUGGCUUGGCGAUGCCGUUGAUUUUACCAUCGAUGGAUCUUCUGAGUUCAUUGUGCAAGUGCAUCGAAGAGAUUGGAGGGCGGAUGCCUUUGCCCACGCAUUGCAACGAGACACGGGUGAUGGCUGGGAAGGAUCACUCCCUGGGACCGAAGGGGCGCAGGAUGAAGUUCAAAUACCGCUGGGCCCUCGCUUUUGGAGCCAAAAAUCUCCUGUCAUGCUGCAACCUGCACCUGUUUUUCAACGAUGUGCAGACCGCGAGCUAGUUCUCUAUGAGCUUCAUAUCGGUAGCUUCACCAGAAGUGGCACCCUAAGAGAGGCGACCGAGAAGCUGAGCCAUAUCAAGGAUUUGGGUUGUACAGCAAUUUCCGUUAUGCCACUUCAUCAAGACGCGCGGCGUCUCAGCAGUGGUGAAGUUGACCGCUGGGGCUAUGAUGUGAUAUCCUUCGUUGCCGUGGAUGGUCACUAUGGCACGCUGGAUGAUCUCUUGCGCUUUGUGGAAAAGGCGCACACGCUAGGAAUGGCAGUUUUCAUCGACUUCGUGUUCAAUCACAUGAUGUGGGGUGCUACAUAUUUGUACGGACCGCAGCUCUUCCAACAAGAGGAAACCCAUUGGGGUCCACGCCCGGAUUUUUCUAAGCCAGAGGUGCAGAGAUACAUUCUAGCUGCCGCUGAGCUCCUGCUGCAACGUAUUGGCGUGGAUGGCAUUCGUGUUGACUCUACGAAAUCCAUCCGAAAGUUUCCAACAGGCGAGCAGGACACCUGGGGUGCCAUCUUGCUGGCAGAGCUUGCAGCUCUUUGCAGGAAGGAAGGCAAACUUGCCAUUGCUGAGGACUUGGAGGAUGGCGACGGUCUUCUGCAGUGGGGUGGCAUUGGAUUCCACCUGCAAUGGGAUAUGGCGCUCUUUUGCUGGAUUUAUGAUGCUUUGGUGAGCCCAUUUGAUGAGUGUCGACAGGUUCACAUGGUUGUAAAGGGCUUGGUUGGCCUCGCUCCGGGUCGAUCUCACGCUUUACGUGGCAGAGUGGUCUUCAUGGAAAGCCACGACACUGCAGCCUGUGAUCGGUAUGGCCGUGUGCCUGCAGCCGUCCACAACGGGAGGUCUUUCUUGCCAGAGGGCGCAGAGGAAUCGGGUGAUGCCUUCCAGCAGGUGGGUGGAUCGAUGCCAUAUCCCGAUGAAGAAGAGGUGACACAGAAUCCUUUUGCCGCCCGCAGAGCUGCUCUAGGACUGGUACUGGUGAUGACUGCACCGGGCAUUCCUAUGCUGCUCCAGGGUCAGGAGGUUUGCGAGAGCAGGCCCUUCCAGUGGCCUCACGGUCCUCGGCUGGACUGGUCUCGAGUGCGCCAUCCUUCUGGCGACGCAGCCGCGUGGCUGCAGCUUUCACGCCAUCUCAUUGCGCUGCGGACUGGAAAGGGACACCGGCACACUGCAGAGCUUGGACCUGGGUCACCUUUGCAAGGGGACGGAGUGCAUGUGUUUUUGGAGCACGGAGGGAUCCUUGCGUACUUGCGUUGGUCAGAAGCAGAGGACAGCCGCGAGACGAGGCAUUGUAGGGCACGUUUGGCACUUGUCGUCGUGAAUUGGAGGAACCAGAGCUUUGAUAGCUAUACGUUUGGAGUACCUCCCUCGAAGAACUGGAGUUUGGCAUUGUCAGUUCCAGAAUCCGAAGACAGUGCCAGAGUGGAUGUGCAGGUCAAUCAGAUCGUUGCACAUGGCUUUCCUUGCUCCAUUGACAUACCCCUGCAGGCAUACUCAGCAGUGAUCUUGUUGCAGGAGAGCUGA